AGAGUACCAAGUGUUGGCAAGACCGCAAUGUAUAAUAAAAGUGAUAAGAUAUCUGACAUCAUCGGUCUUCAACCAUUUCCUCAGUCAUAGGAACAGGUACGAGGGUUUCAACACCAAGUCACCAACAUGAACAUGAUGAUGAUAUCAUCUAAGUACUACACAAAUUCCAUUAUAGUUGGAGUUGGAAGAACUUGGUGCAGUCCAAAUGCAAAACCCGAAGGCAGCUUUUCAUUCAGUCUCAGAUUCUCCAAUAGGAGGACGAAGAGGAGGAGCUUCAACAUACACUCUGAAUCAAUUUUCAGAGGUCACAAUAAUAUAUUUUCAGCUCUUAAUUCAGGUUUAGAAGCUUCAAUUACAGAUGCCACUGAAAGUUCAAAUGCCUUAAAAAAAGCCAGUAUCGUUCUAGAGUCUGGAGAUGAAAAUAAGAUACAGCUAAGAGUGGACUUAACUGGUGAUCAAACAGAAAGGGUAUUUGGUAAGACCCUUCGAGAUUUGGGUCGAACUGCUCCGCCCGUUCCCGGAUUUCGCAUGCAAAAAGGAGGAAAAUCAUCACAGAUCCCCAACGACUUCCUUUUACAGAUGCUUGGGGAAGAACGCGUCAUUAAGUUUGUAAUACAAGAAAUACUCAAUUCUACCAUGGCUGACUAUGUAGAAAAGGAAAAUUUGGACGUGAAGGACAGGAAGAUAAGCACAAUUCAAACCGCAGAAGAACUCAAACAAUCGUUCAAACCCGGAAAAGAGUUUGGCUUUAAUGUUAUAAUUGAGCCCAAAAGUUCAGAAGAUACUGGUUAACUUGUUAUGAGGGAUCUAGUUGUUGAGUUUAACCAAAUCGAAGUUUAAUGAAGCAUCAAGAUUGGUCCCACUCAAAUUGUAUAUAGCUCAAGAAACAGUUAUUUAGAGAGCCAAUUUGGUUUAUACUCCUAACAAUGGACUGAAUCUUCUGAAUUUUGAUGAGACUUCUAACAAGAAAAUCCUCAACCAACUUCAAACUAUGUAAAAGGGCAGUUCGGUAUACAAACAUUCUGUGUCAACCCAGGAUCCAGGAAGGGGCUGCACCCAAAGACUGUAAUAUAUGCAGUCUAACCUGAUAAUUACAUCCUAUAACAAUCCUUGAAGGUUUAUUCAGUAGUGGAAUUCCUACGUGCCAUCCUCUGGAUUUUUUCAUAUUUUUUAUGUAUGGUUAUUAUUACAAUAACACCCAUGAUCAAAUCAUCCUCAUUUUACUACUCUUCUGAAA